AUGUCGAGGGUGGUGAAAAAGAGGCAAGCGGACCCCAAAGUGGUUCAGUAUGUCUGGUCGGCCAUCGAAGUCAUCCGCAAUCAGAAACAAAUCGCAAACAUGGACAGAAUCUCAAAAUAUUUAAGUCGUGUGUAUGGGAUGCACCCUAAAGACACGGCCAGGCAGCUAGUGUUGGCUGUCAAAGACGGUCUGGUGGUGGAGACGCUCACAGUGGGCUGCAAAGGCUCCAAGGCCGGGAUCGAACAGGAGGGAUACUGGCUUCCAGGAGACGAGAUGGAGCAGAUGUCAGAGGGAAGCAAGCCCUCUCUGCCUUCUGAAGCUCUUUUCCAAGAUGACUGGGAAGCAGAAAGUCAUGACUGGUACUGUUUUGAGUGUCACCUUCCUGGAGAUGUGCUGGAGUGUGACGGCUGUUUCCGUGUCUACCACCUCCGCUGUGUGUCUGAAGACCACCGGCCACGCGACACAACCUCCCACUGGCAGUGCGGCAUCUGCAGGGGCAGUAAAAGGAAGAAUUUGAACAAACAGGAAAUGACAACAUGCCUAAAGUUCAUUCUUGGACGCAUGAAGGAAAGGGCUGUGGACCUUCAAAAGAAAGGCAAGGAGUCAAAGCAACCCAUGUACAGAAGACUGAUCCACACGCUUCUGGAUGUGGAUAACAUACAAGAGAACAUCUCAGAGGGGAAGUACAAGAGCUUUGAGGAGUUCAGGGCUGACGCUCGGCUUAUUGUUCACAAUACAGCCAUUCUGCACGGAGUCAACAGCGAUCAGACCGAAAUUGCAAGACUUCUCUAUAACGACACAUGCCACGAGCUGAACGAGUUAAUGCUGUGCAGACACUGCUUCUAUCUCUCGAACUCACGACCUGACAACUGGUUCUGUUACCCAUGUAGUCCGACUCACGAGCUGGUGUGGGCCCGGAUGAAGGGCUUUGGUUAUUGGCCUGCAAAGGUGAUGCAGAGGGAGGGCAAUCAGGUGGAUGUUCGGUUCUUUGGUCACCAGCACCAAAGGGCAUGGAUUCCUUCCGACAACAUCCAGGAGAUCACAGUUAACGUGCAGCAGCUGCAGGUGAAGCGCAGCUCGGGGUGGAAGAAGGCGUGUGAUGAGCUGGAGCUCCACCAGCGGUUCCUGAGGGAGGGCCGAACCUGGAAGGGGAAGCUGGAAGAGAAGCAUGACAGGUCGGACAGGCACGAAAGACAGGAAGACAGACAGGAAGAGGCGGAGUCAAGUAUCUCCUCCACAUCCAACGAGCAGUCGAAAGGCAACCAAGAGCCCAAAGCUAAAAAGAGCCGCCGUUCCCAAGUCGCCGAGCCCAAAGAAGAGGAACCGGAGCCUGAGAUGGAAGCCGUCAGUUCAAGUCAAGAGAUCCCAACAGCUGUUCCACAUCAACCUGAGCGUAUGUCCGUCUCCACCCAGACCAAAAAGUCUGGCUCGCCUUCCUCCUCUUCCUCACCAGCUCCUCGCAUGGUACACCGAGGCACUCAGACGGUCAACGAGGCCAGCUGCCAAAGCAUGUGCCACGACAAAUACACCAAGAUCUUCAGCGACGUUAAAGAUAUGAUGAAAGCGGAGAACAAGCGGGAAACCGAACGCGUCCUGAAAGAGGCUCUGGACAAGUUGCGAGCGGAGAUGGAGGAAGAGAAGAGGCAGGCGGUGAACAAAGCAGUGUCCAGCACGCAGGCUGAGAUGGAAAGAAAGUGCAAACAGGUGAAGGAGAAGUGCAAAGAGGAGCUCAUGGAGGAGAUGAAGAAGAUGGUAGCUCAGCAUAAACAACUUAUUUCCCAGACCAAGAAGAAGCAGUGGUGUUAUAACUGUGAAGAAGAGGCGAUGUACCACUGCUGCUGGAACACGUCGUACUGCUCCAUCAAAUGCCAGCAGGAGCACUGGCACGCCGAUCACAAACGUACCUGCCGCCGGAAGAGAUGAGCUGCAGCUGGCCACGCCCCUCCUCUCGACUCCACCCAUCCACGAGCCACGCUAUUGGAUAGAUUUUACCGCUCACCACCCACCCCUGCCCGUGGAUUCUUGAUUUUUUUUAGCCAGCAUUUUAAACCCCAGCUCUUAGAACACUUUUACCAGAACAUUUUGCUGAGUUGCGGUGAACGCUAACAGGGCAACCAGCGAGGGACUUCACGAUCCUUGUGGAGAUGGUUUUAUGUUUGGAUUGUAACGGUAUCUCAUUGCGUCUUCCUUUUUGUUUUUACCCUUUUAUUUGCUGUAUGACGGAAAUCAGCCUUGCUUGCAUACAGACUAGCUGAAAUGUGAAGUACUAGUAAUCUUUUUUUUAACAACUUAAUCCGAAGCAAUGUAGAUAUUUGACUUUUUUAUAUAAGCGAAUCAUGUCAGCCUCCUGCAUUGAGUGAAGUUGGUGCAUUUAAACUCGAAGGUUGGUUUUUA